AUGCUCUUGGCCCUUGGGUCCUUGGGGGCCGGAACCGGUAAGGCUGCAGCAAAACCACCAACAGCGUCCUUCGACAUCCCUGCCAUCCCUGACAUCCCUGUGCACUGUGAGGCUGGGGCCGUGGCCGUGGCAGUGAAACGUUCGGGCGGUGCAGAUGGAGCCAGUGGAUCCCCGCAAUGA